GGAUUCCUAGCCGUUAGCAUGCAACAUUCUUGGGCCACUUGCAGGUUGCUGGAUGUGGACGUGUUUUUUACAUUCACAACGUUUGAUGUGUAAACGUCAGCUCCUUUAAACAGCCGGACAGCGGCCCCUCGAAGCUGCAAAGCAGGUCCCGCAACAAAGCGCAAGGUGCUUCAGCAGCCUUGUGCUAACCCGUUGCCUUAAGCGGCGGUUGAGAGGGAGAUCCUUACAGCUCGACUGCAGCCAAAGUGGCUCGCAGGCUGCACACCGGCUUCUAGUGUGUGUCGCUGUUGGUUUUUUGUGUUGGGGGUGCCAUGGCACCACUGAAGAAGUUGAAGAAUGAGUUCUUUUUCAUCAUCCGGGACAAGCCGGUCGCCAUAGCCCUGAAGAUUGUGAAAGAUGCGCCCAUGGCCCAUCUGACCUCAUGCUAUAAGCCCACCAUGCAGACACCGCUCUUCUUUGCCUGCGCUCGCGCGCAAGGGCAGGAUGCCGAGGCUUUGGCCCUGUGCAAGCUCUUAGUGGGAUUCGGUGUCACACUGCACUGGGUGGACGAGUAUCAACAGACGGCGCUGUACUACGCGGCGCGGCAGGGCCACACCAAGACCUGCGCUUACUUGGUGCAGCAAGGCAUAGAUGUGAACCACCUUGAUCGCAACAGCGAGACAGCGUUGUUUUAUGCCGCCACCCGCGCUCACCUUGACACCGCUUUGACCUUGAUGGACAAACAUUCACGCUUGGACGUGGUGAACCGCUGGGGCCGGAACAUCGUCCAGGUCGCAGCCAAGGAGAUCGGCCCCAAACUGCAGGCAGAGGUGACCGCCCGCAAGCGCAAGGCCCAGGAGAUUUCCUCUCCCCCUCCGCCUGCGGCCGCAGUUUCUGCUGUGCCUCUCGCGCCCCCUUUGAAGAGGCGCAGAGUGGCAGCCAUGCCCUUGGAGGCCUUGCGAGAGUGGGCUGACGAGUGGCCGGCCGGCGAGGUCGUGCAGGGCCAGAAGAUAGAAGCCAAGCCCGAGGACUUCAUCCGCAGUGGCGGGGGCUACGCCGUGGUGAAGACGCCCGUGGCCUGUGCAGCCCGGCUCCGCGUGUCGGAGAAGCACUUCGUAGUGGACCACGCGGAGCUGCUUGUCAAGGAGAAGUGGUUUGCAGAUGUGGCCCACGAUUGUUGGUGCAGGAACGUGGGUGUGAUUGAUGACACCGUAAAGCCUCCUCAUGACCCCAUCAAUGCCAUCAAGGCUGUGCUGUCGGGGCAGAACCCCACGCACUUCACGCUCUCGCUGGUGCACCUUGCAACCAACGAGAUUUCUGGAUACGUGCAUUGCAUGGAUCAGAAGGACGAGCAGAAGCUGAGCAUUUCUCACCUCAAGGUGGACUCCGCUCAUCAGGGCAAAGGUCUAGGUGGUAUGCUCAUCCGCGCCGCUGAGGACUACAGUCACAAGCUAGGCUGGAAGUGCGCCACCACCGGGCUCUCCGUGCUGGAAGCGAACAGCCGGGCUGUGAGAUGUUACGCAAAGUAUGGCUUCGAGCUGGAUGGGGCAGGCAACCCAGCCACCUGGGGAGCCGAUGAAAUGGAGGCCUCGGCCUGGCAAAGGUGGACAAAGAGCCACCCUCACGCGCCGAAGAAGGGCAAGGCCUGAGAGAUGAGGAUGGCGGCAUCAAGUUUCAAGUGGGCAGUGCCCAAACCGCGGUGAUGCCUGAACCUGCAGUGUUUCACCCCGCUCUACAUAAUGACGCCGCCACAGAUAGGUG